GUAAUAAUAAUAAUAAAUGGCUCAAGAGAAGGAGAUCGAGAUAAAGGAAGAAAAAGAAUAAACUUAAGAACAUCAUCAUGAUCACGAUCACGAUCAUGAUCAUAAUCAUGACCAUUCAGAUUCUGAUGAUGGCCAUAAUCAAAAAGGAGGAGAUGACAAAGACAAGAAAGCCAAUAGAGGAGAGAAGAAAUUCAGAAAGGCUAUGCUUAAAUUAGGAAUGAAGCCAGUUGCUGGAAUUAACAGAGUUACAAUCAAAAGAGGAAAAUAAUUCCUUCUCUAUAUUGACAACCCUGAAGUCUUAAAAUCAGCCAAUGUUGAGAAUUCUUACAUUGUAAUUGGUGAAGCCAAAGUGCACGACCCAACUGGUUAAAUUGGCAAAAAAGAAGCUGAAAAUUUGGCAUAAUAAGUUCCAAAACAAGAAGAAAACAAGGAACCAAAGCCAGCCGAAAGCACAGAAUAAGCAAGUGACGAAGGCAUUCCAGCUGAAUCCAUCAAAAUGGUCAUGGAACACUGUAAAUGCGAUAGAAGUAAAGCUGUUGAAGCACUCAGAAAAUCAGACAAUGAUACAGUACAAGCAAUUCUCGCCUUAACUGGAUGAUGAUUCAUUAUUGUUUAAGUAUAAUAAAUAAAA